UUUUCUGCUCAGUCAUAAUCGCACCGCAUCUCGCAAUUACAGACGUGCGGACGACCACAUCAGAGCCGACAUUAUAAUGUCACUGGCGUGUGCCGGCCCCUAAGCCUUCCGACCACCGCCGGUGAGGCACGGAGCACCAGCAAUCACACUGGUUAGUAACAGAAACGGACAAAGCAGGGUCGCACAGGGUCAGACAUGACCGCACCGGGCCUGACCGGCCAUAGCCAGCCUGUAACCGGCUCCUACCAGUUACUACACAGCAAACUCAGAACCUCUGGCACGCUCCUUCACAAUGAGACUUGCUUUGAAACCUUAACGAAUGCCCUCUAGCCGCGUCAUGUCCCGAAAGAUAUUCGCAGCCGCGACCCCAUAGCGAUAUAACCCAGCAAGCAUCGUCUUAUGUUGCGAGUCCAACACCACCCGCCAGACUGGAAGGGCCGACCACGAGCCGUGCCUGCAGUCACCAGAGCGGCGCGCCGUCCCGCAAGAGCAGCAGCAUUUCUCGCGCCGACCGAAGCCUUGAAGACCAUGGGUCGGCCGGAGGAAGCGUCUCCCGAGUCUGGGCAGCGCAGCGACGGCGGGCGCCUGUCUGUGCAGCUGGCGGCGGCCGUGGCGGCCAGCCUCGCUUGCGGCUCCAACGCGUUCGCCAUGGGCUGGGGCGUGGUGGCCACCUGGCAGCUGCGGGACACCGCCGAGGGGGCCGGCAGGGAUCUCCGGUUCACGGACGGUCAGCGCGCCUGGCUCAACUCGGCGCUGUUCCUGGGCACGGCGUUCGGCUGUCUGCUGGGCGGCCGGGUGGCGGCGCGCUUCGGGCCGCGGCUGGCGAUGCUGCACUCGCUGCUACCGCUGGGUCUCAGCCAGGUGCUGGUCGCGCUGGCCAACAGCGCUCCGGUGCUGCUCGCCGGGAGGCUGGUGAUCGGUCUGACCAGCGGCAUCUCUGUCGGCGUGUACAUUCUCUACAUCAGCGGCACGUCCUCGCCGCGGUAUCGCGGCGCGCUGACCGUUCUGGCCGACGUCAUCUGCCUAAUGAUCAUUAUCGGCGUCAUCGCGCUGGGCGAGGUGCUCGGCUGGCGCUGGCUGGCAGCCGUCUGCGCCGCCGCCUCUGUGCUUCCUGCCGCCACCAUGCUGCUACUACUGCCGGACGACCCCGUGUGGCUCCUCAGCUGUGGCCGACUCGCCGACGCCAAACGCUCGGCGGCAGUCCUCGACCUGAACCUGGAGCUCUCUGACACCACCACACUGGACGCGGAGACUUCUGAUGGCUGGAGGCAGACUUUGGGGCUUCUAAUCCAGCGCAAAAAUCUGCUCCCACUAGCCAUUGUGCUAAUGCUCGUGCUCUUCAACACUUUCUCCGGCUACAUGGCAAUUCUCUCAUACUCGCUCGAGUUCUUCCGCAUGGCUGGCUUCCAGCUGGACGCGGCGGUCUGCUCGAUUCUGUUCUGCGCGAUCCGCGUGCUGGCUGUCCUGCUGACGUCUUCCCUGGUGGACCGUCUGGGCCGCCGCGUGCUGCUGGUGUUCAGCUGCGGCGGCGUCUCCGUCUGCUACAUGGGUCUGGUGGCCUACUACCAGCUGCCGGCGCUGCACCACCUCACCGCGCUGCCCAUCGCGCUGAUGCUGAGCGCCGGCUUCGUCUACUCGUCGGCGCUCGCCUGUCUGCCGUUCUGCCUCGCUGGCGAGAUGUUCCCGCUGCGUAUGCGGCAAGUGGACGGGGCGAUAGUCAUGUUCAGCUACAACGCGUUCAACAUGCUGGCAGGACAGGCGUUCCCGCGGACACUGGCGGCGCUGGGCGCCGGCGGUCUGUUCCUCACGCACGGGAUCAUCAUGGCUCUGGCCUGCGCGUUCACACUGCUGGCAGUCCCAGAGACCAAGGGCCUCUCGCUGGCCGCCAUUGAGACGCUGUUUGACAAGGGGAAGCCGGCGCCAGCCCCCGAUGGUAGCGAGGAGGUGUCCCGGGGACACAGCGGCCGUUGCGACGUGUCUGUCAUUGCCUGAAAGCUCGCACUGGCGCACAGGUUUAGACCAGAAAUAUUGUGCUGUGCUAGGUGACGUUCGUUACUUUUAUUGCGCUGUUUAGGUAUGUUCUGCACCGAAUGAGGGUUUCAGGGUAGGUGAGUGGUUAUACUGCAGUGAUCGCUUAAUAAAAUGUUGGCAGAUUAAUUCUGGU